AUGGGGUCCUGGGAUUAUUAUUGUGCUUUCUGCGGUUCGACGUUUUUCAAUUACCACAUCUCCAAAAGACCUCGCACAGCUCGCUUUCUUCGAGCACGGCGUUUGUCCGCGGCCGCUGAGCAAAUCGAAGCAUUGCAAAAAAGGGGCGAGCCACUUCCCGACGAGUUGCAAACAAUCUUAAAAGAACAUCGAGAGCUCGAAGAGCCUGAGAGGCCCGAGGAUGACGCAGGUAGCCAAAGCAGUUUUGACAGCGAAGGAGAAGAUGGAACCUAUGAUCCGGAGAUCAUCACGACGGAAGAGGCUGCGUGGGUAGAACAGGUGCAGUGUGUGGGCUUAAAUCCUGAUUCCACCUCUCUGAACAAAGUAUUCAUCUCGAAUAUCGGUCGUAGCGGUGACUAUGGAGGUGUUGAUGCCGAUGGAGACGAUCCAAACUUUCCACAAGACAACGCCCUGUCUGCAUACUGGGAAAUUGAUGACUUGCCGUCUGUCUACCCGUUCCAUCCACAAUGCUUUGACAUCUUUCACUUUUCAGUGGCUCAUGAUAUUGGCUCCAAGAAGCUCGCUCGAUCUAUUGGUGGGAGCUGGAUGCCACAAUCGAGAAAUCUCGAUAAAGACAUUAUUUACAGCGUCCUAGGUGCGCAUACUGAGGAACAUGCAUCACGUUUGCUCCAUGUCGAAUAUGGGGAGCCAGAACCCCCGAACGAACAAUUCUGGGAAGCAAGGCCGGGAGAAGAGCUCUUUAUAUCAAACCCAACCCAGGAUAAUGGGCUUGCAAAAGGCUAUAUUGCCGAUGCCUGGCAUCACGCAAGAGAUCAUGUACCAUUUCAUUGUCAACCAAGAGCUUAUGUGGAAACAGGAGCCCCUGAUCCCUUUACAAACCUGCCAUUUGAGCUAGUGCUGAAAGUUGUAUCCAAUCUCGACACUCCAUCUCUCAUGAGCUUCACAAAUGCGUCAGCUCAUAUCUAUCGUGCCCUAGAUAGCGAUAAUUCUUUCUGGUUCCACCAUAUGAAAAAUGGCAUGCCUUGGUUCUUUGAGCUGCAAACCUUUCUAGAGGACCUUGUGUUGUCAACUCGCAACAGCAAUAACGCUGUUAAAUCUAACUCCAAUGAGUCCCAAGAAAAGUCUUUACGUGACUUAUUCAUAUGGGCUAAUAAAAUUUCAACACCUCGAAGGGGCAUCCGGGGUCCAUUCAUGAGCAUUGCGAAUCGCCGACGAGUCUGGCGCGUAUGCAAACAGCUCGCGGGCCCUUAUCUCGCUCAAGCAGAUAUCACAGAUAAGGAGGAUUGA